GUGAGUUGUAAAAACAAUUCCAAGAAUCGAAAGCUCUCGCCAUCAAACUCAUCCGAACAACUCAAUUGAUAGCAAUUAGCAAGCCACAAUGGUGUACAACUUGAGAGGCAGAAGAAUCUUAGAUAACCAGGAAAGAAGUGAUAUCUACCGGAAGAAAAGGCCAAAAAAGUCAGAACUGAUAAUGCCACAUGCUAAAGAUACUAGUGCUCCAAUUGAAGCGGGUGAAGAAGACAUGAGUCCACCAAUCGAUAUUGAUUCCGAUGAAGAUUUCACCCACAUUGCUGGAAAUGAGAAUGACGUUGCUAGUUCUGGGAUGGAAAAUGAUUUUCACACUUUUGAUAAUGAUCGCUUACCGAAUAAGAUUUUGAAAGGACAAAUUUGGGCAAUUUAUGACGACUAUGGGAUGCCUCGUCGAUAUGUUAAGAUUGACCUCAUUUCACAAAACACCGAUUCUGUCUUUUCACAAGGUACCCAUGCUGCGUAUGUAACGUUAUUGAAACACAAUGGGGAGCAGAAUUCCACAGAAACCAGUUGGUUUCGACCUGUUUGUGGAAACUUUACCCUCUACUCAAAGGGUCUAGAUGUCAGUCGUUAUUCCUUCUCUCAUAGAGCUUCUCAUCAAUUGCGAUACAGAAGGAACAGAUUUUCCUACCAUAUAUCCCCUAGGAAAGGUCAAGUUUGGGCCAUUUACAAGGACGGCAGCAGAGUUUCUUCUCCCAGAUUGCAGGUCUAUGACCUGGUCGAGAUCCUUAAGGAUUCUGAAAAUGGGUUGAGGGCUGUUUAUCUGGUCAAAGUCGAAGGUGGGUACCGAAGUUUAUACAAGCGACAAGUGAAGGACAGAGUUGAAGUUUCUCUACAAAUAGGCCCGAAUCAACUGGACUGGUUUUCUCAUCAAGUCCCAUCUUUCCGAAUAUUUAAUGCACAAGAUUCUCUCAUCCACGGUUGCUUUGAACUGGAUCCUGCUGCACUUCCACUCCGCGUUGGUAAUUCCAUCGAUACAAUGGAUCCAAAAAUCGAUGAUCGGUUGCUUCUUUUGAAAGUUCUUGAUUUCAAGAGCAUGAUGAUGAAGGAGAAACUCAAAGACAAUAGUGUUUGGGCAUUAUAUGAUGAUCGCGAAGGAUUACCUCGUAGAUACGCCUUAUUAGAAUGUACAUCAUCUGGUAGAGAGGUUAUGACUUGGCUAGAACCUUGUCCCACUAGUGAAAAUGAAAAGAAGUGGUACAAGGCGGGGCUACCUAUUGCCUGUGGAAACUUCAGGCGGAAGAAAAGUGUCUUGUUCGUGGAUCAUGCCAUGUUCUCACAUCCAAUUCAGUGUAACUGGGAUGCAGGAACUGAGAAUUUUGAAAUUUACCCUAAAAAAGGUGAGGUAUGGGGGAUUUACAAAGAUUGGCAAAUGCAAUGGAGCUGUGACCCAGAGAGAAGCCCAAAUGAGCAAUAUUUUGACUAUGAUUUUGUUGAAAUCCUCACUGACUUCAAUGGAAACGAGGGCUUUCAGGUUUCACAUUUGGUAUAUGCAGGGGAUUCUAGCUUUUGGAAGCACAAAAAUGCUUCUGAAAAUCAGGUACCUGUUUCCAUCCUUAGAGAUCAGUUAUAUAGCUUUUCACAUCGGAUUCAAAAAUACAAAAUCAUCGGUAGCAGCAAAACAGAAGAGGGGCGUCUGUUUUUGGACCCGUUAGUGGUUUCCCUUAAUGCAAGCAAAAAUGCAGCUCUAUCAGAAGAUCCCAAAGAAAAUGAUCAAGAAGUGGAGAAGAAAGAUUGUAGCAAGUUUUUACGAGGACAGAUAUGGGCUUUGUACGAAGGCCCGGAUCAUAUGCCUUGCUCAUACGGUAUUGUAUCCAAUACAUUACCCCAUGAACUUAAGGUUGAGGUUAUGAUGUUGAAACCACACCCAAUAUCGGAGGAUGAGAUGGAGUGGGUGGAUAAGAACUUACCCAUCUCGUGUGGAACUUUUCGGGCAGAAAAGGUGGCGACUUUAAGAGAUGUUGAAGAGUUCUCACACCAGGUCAUAAUGGAGGGUGAAAACAAAAGGCACAGGUCAUUUUACAAAAUCAUUCCCCAAAGAGGUGAGGUGUGGGCUGUGUACAAUGACAGUGGGACGGAGCAAAGGGAAUAUCAGAUGGUGGAGGUAAUCGCGCCUUUCGAUCAAGAGCUGGGAGUAAAUGUUGCUCCUUUGUUUGAGGUGUGUAGUUCGAGGGUUUUGUUCCAAAGGCAUUUUGUUAAGGGAUUUUUGCUGGUGAAGACUAUUCUGAUGAAACAGAUGGUGCAGUUCUCGCAUCAAGUACCGGGCGAAAGGAUUAACGGAGACGAGAGUGAGAUGCAGGAUGGGAGAUGGAAGCUUGAGCUAUCUGCAAUACCUUCUCAAUUAACUCCAUUUUAGUGUGGGAAAUAAUGUAGGUGCAGUAAAUGAGUACUCUACAGGAAAACGGUUUUCGUCAGUUUUCGGUUGCUAUAUGUUUUGGUUGGAACUGUUUUUGGUCUUAGGCUUUGGUGCUUGUUUACAUUUGGAUUACAUGAACUUGUGCAUCAUUUGAUUGAAACAACAUUUCCA